AUGUCCAACCAGCAAGUGGGUGCGGUUUUCGAGAAGGUCAUCCAGGAGGUCUGUGAUGCUUCCCAGGUCGACUUUGAGGAAAGCGGUGUCGACCAGCAGACCCUGCAUGAUCUGCGUGAGACCUGGCAACAUAAGCUUUCUUCUGUGAACGUCGCUCAUUUCCCCUGGGAUCCUGCUCCUCAGCCUCCUCAGCAGCACUCAGUUCCCCUCCCCACGGCUACUGUCCCCUCCAAUGCCCCCCGACAACAACAACAACCCCAGCAGCAAUAUGUUCCCCCGCCUGUUUCAAUUCCUCAGGCUGCGCCCUCGCACACCAUGCCCCCCAUGGGCGGGCCUCGCAUCAAGACCGAGCCAGGAACCAAUGGCCAACAACCCGGAAUGCCGCACAUGACCACACCCAUGCCCCCGCAUGGUCUCAACCCUCAGUCGGCUCGCGACCGUGCUGCAAAUGCGCUUCACCAGAAAUACGGCGCCGCAGCUGCGAACUCCGUCCACCAAAUGCAAGCCCAGGGCCAAGCUGGACAAGGAUAUCAGAUGCACCCCAAUGCUCACGGACAAAUGCCACCAAUCAAACAAGAACAGAACUACCCGCACAUCGGUCCUGGACAGACCGAUGGUGGAGGUGACCCGAUGACCGACUGGAAGGCAGAGGUAGCACGCCGCAGAGCAGCUGCCGAGAAUGGAGAAGGUGACCGACUUCUGCGCGAGCAUCUCAAGCAGCGCAUGUCUCAGUAUGAGGGUGGAGGUCUCCUUCGUCCCUUGGAAGAGCACGAGUCCUCUGCCAAGGUCGCUCGCCGUGUGGCUCUUACCGCGCCCCUCAACCAAAACGCUACCACCGAGUCAACUUCAUCUACCCCUCGCGUCACUGGCCAGUUUGAUGGCGCAGAAGAAGAUGUCAAGGAGGAAGACGAAGACGCCAUCAACUCGGACCUGGAUGAUCCAGAUGACCUCGUUGCUGAUGACCAUGACGCAGAUGAAUCGGAGGGCCAGGUUAUGCUUUGCACAUACGACAAGGUCCAGCGCGUGAAGAACAAGUGGAAGUGCACCUUGAAGGAUGGCAUCCUGACCACUGGUGGCAAAGAAUACGUCUUCCACAAGGGUCAAGGUGAAUUCGAAUGGUAA